UCAUCUAUUUGAUACCUCCAUGGAAGUGAUUAGUUUUCCUUCUGUACAAGUACUAGUCAUGUAUGAUGUCUGCCACUUCUGCUGUUCUUUAUAUACUUGGCGAUUUGAUCUGCAAAUGGGUUAACACUUGAUGCUGUUAUCAUGUAAUCUGAUGCAGUUCUAGGUUUGAGAAGGUGGUUAUUUUUUACUCAGCUAUGAGAAGUUCAUUGAGAUGGAAAAGGCUCUCGAAACCACACAUUAAGGCCACGGGAAAUCUUUUAUGAGUUUUCUGGAUACGGCUCGGUCUUUCAGUAGAUUACUAGCAUUUUGAACGUUUGAUCUCGUUAUUAAACUGAUCGAUCCAAUUUUUUCGAAAUGGGCUGCUUAGGGGAACCUGACAAAAUGCGGCUAACUGAUAAAGCAUAUCAUCAAUGAUCGAUGAACCUAUCUAGAUUUGUGAACUUUGCUUCAAGUUUUCCGUGGAAGCUGUAUAAUCAUGGAAGUCGUGGUCUCUACUAAUUAAGUCGAGUAUUUGCUUACCUCUUUCGGUAAUCAUCCUUAAAAAAUGGGGCCUACACAAAGGAAUUUCUGGAAAUCUGUUAUUUCCCGUCGUAACAGAACCAAGCCCGCAAACCAUUUCCGCUCCUUUCAGAGGGUUAAUUCAAUCAGCUUCAACCAAACACCGGUGUUCCUCAAUGUGUAUGACUUAACGCCCGCGAAUGGCUACUUUUACUGGGCAGGACUCGGGAUAUUCCACUCAGGAGUGGAAAUCUAUGGGGUAGAAUAUGCCUUCGGUGCCCAUGACUACCCGACAACUGGUGUUUUCGAGACCGAGCCCCAGAAGUGCCCAGGCUUCAAGUUCAGGAGGUCUAUACUUGUUGGGACGACAAGCUUGGGCCCACUCGAGAUCAGGGAGUUCAUUGAGCGCUUGUCAAAAAGCUACAAUGGUGAUACGUACAACUUGAUCAUCAAGAACUGCAACCAUUUCUGUGAAGAUAUCUGCUAUAAGCUUACGGGGAAUAGAAUCCCUAAGUGGGUGAAUCGGCUCGCGCGAAUCGGUUCGGUGUGCCACGGCAUUCUCCCGCGAUCUGUGAAGGUUGCUGCUGUCGGGGUGAGAGACAGCAACUUCCAAGAACAUAAUGCCCGGAAGAAGAGAACAAGAACCACUGCCUUUGGCUGCUUGUCUUCGAUGUCAUUGCAUAGGAAGAAAGUCAUGAUGUCCUCAUUGUUUCUACCCUCCCAUUACAAAAUUUGCAUCCCACCACAGGAGAUGAAGAGGUCAAAGUCAAAGAGUCGGUGGUUGCUUGGAGAUAUCGUAUAGUUCUGUCUGAAUUCAGGAUACCUGUAAGUACUGUGUUCGGGAAAUUAAGCAAGUGUUUUGUUCAAAAUGCCAAUGGAAGGGCUUGCUCAUUGGCUGUUUUUGUGGGUGAUACUCCGUCGACAAAGUUCAAAUGCUGUCCACUUCUGGAUUGAGCCUUGCUGCCUAGUCCAUGUUCUUGAACGAUCUGAUGUUGCAGGAGAACAAACCGAAGUGGAUCGGAGAUAUGUUCUAUAUGGAUGGACUUAAUUUGGUGUAUAGUCCUCUUGUACUUGGAAGUCUUCUCAUUUUAAAAUGACAUAUCAAAUGAUGCAUUCAUUUUGAACA